CCCUGCAGACACUGGUCGUUUUGUCUUGUAUAACAACAUUAUUUUAGUAGCUUAGCUUAUACCUAUAUUAUUAGUAUAUCAUAUUAUACAAAUUCAAAUAUUUUAUCGGUCGGUCUYUUGCAGCAGUCGCCAUUCGCCGUUACAAUGGUGAACUUACGAUUGUAUUUGGUCGUCAACAUUUUAACAGUGCUGCUAAUUCAUGAAGUUGUGUUCUCUAAAUGCGAUUUGAAAACCAAWAUGUAUAAUCAUUUCACUAAAUCAUAUGAGGAUGAUGAAUUCCAAAGAAAAGAAAGACAAGUACCAAUAGAUCCAUCCCGUAUGUAUUUGCCACCAAAGAUAGAUUCUGUUGCAUCUGGUGGUUUUGGAGGACAAAUAGACGUGUCAAAUAAUUUUGGUGGYAAUAAAAAUGGUUAUGGGGAAGUUGAAAACGUUCAGGACACAUUUGCAAAAAGUCCAACAGAUUUUAGUAACUAUGAGUUAUCGCCAAAAACCACUGAUGGCACGAGUGGKGUCCAAAGUAAUCUAGGAUCAUAUGAUACUAGUACGUAUACGUCAAACGGACCAGUUGGGYCAUCAUUAGACCAAAGUAAUAGUUACAAUACUUUAUCACCAAGAGGAAACAAUUUUGGACAACUUUUGAACAAGAAUAGCGAUGACAUUAGUGCUGUCAAUUUACCAGGAACUAACAAUAACUAUGGUAGUUCAUUGGGUACAACAUUGAUACCAACUAAUAAUGGUAUUGCYGCACAAGCGGGAACGGCCGAAGGUUACGGACAAAACGAACUAUUGAAUACUGCACAAAAUCAAGGUCCAACGAAAUACAAUUACAAUGGAGCAGCGCUAGCAAGUCAAUUUGGCCAGAACCCAAGCACAGGUGGCUAUCAGUAUAGCCAGCAAAGUACAGUAGUUGAGAACACGUCAAGUGAUGGUUAUGGUAAUACAAAUUUGAUUACACCGAAAGCUCCGUUGCAAGAUAACGAUGGAAUUGGUGGUCGGAACGCGUACCGCCAAGGGAGUAACGGAAAUUUUGGUCUAAACGGAGGUCAACCAUUUUCUGUAGAUAACAGUGGUUAUGCUAACACAGCACUCAACUCGUAUGGCCAAAAAUAUACAAGUGGUAAAUAUAAUCAAGUUGGAAAUGGAAAUAGGCCCAACACACAAUUUAGCGUUGAAAAGAGCAUAGAUAUCUCAAACGAUCCGUCCUCAAUUGGUUUAGUAGGAUUUCCAAGUUCAGUUGAAAACUUUCACACAGAAGAUAAUGGAAUUAGUAAAAAUACACAGCAGACCAACAACGAAAUCAUUAAUGGAAAUCAUGGACAAAAUAAGUUUCCCAAUAAUCGCGGUUUCCAAGCUAGAGGUUAUAACAAAGAAGUAUCGUCUUCCGGAUAUGGACAAUACCYCAGUAAACCAAAUCACGGUAUAUCAGCAACAACUCAAUCUUAUGGACAAAAUGAUUUUGAAAAACCAAACACCGAUUCAUAUUCAUCUAAUUCCAAAAAUUUACCUUAUUCUGGAGAAUCUUUCAGUCAAUCAUCACCAAUUAAUAAUGGAUUUGAACUAAGCCCGACUAACGCAUACAAUCAAAAAGUUACUGCAGGAAUAAAUAAAAACCAAGUUGGCGGUACUUCCAUUAUUGUCUCUCAAAGUCUUAAUUCUAUAGGAACCAGUAAUGGAGUAGAGUCGUCAGGUGUGCCAUAUCAGAAUCCAUAUGGUCAAAGUCCACUGGAGAUACGUUUCAAUCAGGGACAGGGUUCUUUGAAUUACCAAAACGGGUUUGAUUUACACCYACAAAACCAAUUACAAGGGUCUAACAAUUCUGGACAGUCGGGAUCACAUUCAAUUGGAAAUGAAAAGAACUAUGAUCAGAUUUCUCCAGCGUAUAAUGAAUAUAAUCAAGAUCAACAAAAUCAUCAGCAGUCCAAUAGCUAUGGUCCACCACCAGGACCCUCUCAAUCGUUCACAAAUGGAAGGAAUCCCGCCCAAAGCCAAUCGAAUAAACAAGCGAACGAUGGAUAUAAUCAAGGUAGACCAUCAGAUGGCCCUAAUGCUUUUGAUCAAAGCCACCCGAGCACGCCACAAGCAUCAAAUAACUAUAACCGUUCUGAAUACCAACCGCCGACUAUUAACGGAAAUGGACAAAGUAGUUCAGUUCCGCCCUCAAGCGGUGGAUACUAUCAAGGUAGUUCGUCAAAUGAAUUGAAUGGUUUUGGACAAAACGAAUCAAGCACACCACAAAGAGGACUACCGAAUAAAUUUAGCCCCCAAAGGUCUCAGACAUCAUCUAUGACUAGAAAUAGUGUUAAUCAAAAUUCACCAACUAAUGGAGCUCACCCUCAAGAAGCACCCCAAGACUCAAAAUCUUACGAUGAAAGCGUCGUUAAGCCUAACUCCUUAAAUAGAGAAAAUAUAGGUACAACUCAAUUUGGAGGUUAUAGUCAAAAUAGUUUGACCACACAGAGUUCAGGUCAGGAAAUUUCARGUUCACUUACAGGUUACGUACAACGGUUAGGGCCUUGUACUUCAAAAAAUGGUGGAGAUGUCAGCCAAGGCAAGACAAGUACAGUAUCGCCAGCAGAUCCUAGUUAUGGAAUUCGAAACCAAAAUAGACAUUCAACGCUUGUUCCGAAAGGUCAAUUUCAAAAUUCUAACUUUCCAAGUUCAGGAAAAGGAGUACAAGAAGUCUCUUCUAAUUCUAACAAUAAUGAUAAUAACUAUGGUGAACCAGGUUACAACGCAUUUUCAAAUUUUUCACCAGGAAAUCAGCCCAACCAACCAGUCAACCCGGGAAUUAAUAACUGUGAUACAAUUAAAAGCAGUGAUGGCAUGAAUGAAGCAAUUUUCUCGACAAUAAAUACUGGUUACUAACAAAUAUUUUAAGUUUUUUUUCACUAUUUUAAAUUAUAAUUAAA